GCGGCGGCCGCCCCUGGAGCGGGUUGUGGCGGCGGCAUCAGGAGGUUCUGCUCCGGGAGCCCGGAGAGCCAGAGCGGGCCUCUGUUCCCCAAAAGAGGACCCGGCCCGGAGACCUGGAGCAUUGAACUUUAUGCGCCGGGGAUACGGCUGUUUGGAGCACUCGUCUGGAUUUUGGUAGCUGCCUCUCAAGUUCCACUGCCUGUGCUGCAGGGAUGGGUGAUGUUUGUGUCAGUGACUGCUUGUCUUUUGUCCAUUCUCUUCCUGAGUGUAUUCCUUUUUAGUUUUACACAAAGAAUUGCUGUGGACUGGAACCAGAUGGAUUUUCUUUUCCAUGCAGUUAUUUUUGUCUUUUAUUUUGGAGCCUUUUUGCUGCAAGCAGCAACAACAUCUCUGCAUAAUAAUAUAUUUAAACAAAAUGUCACUACGUUUCUAAGUGAUCAAGAAUAUAACAUAAGCAUAGCAGCAUCAAUUUUUGCCUUUGCAACAACUAUUUGUUAUGGCUGUAGCACAGCCCUUGCUUUAAGAAGAUGGAAACUAUAGCACUUUGAAGAGAUUAAUGGUUCAGCAUUCUAGUUUAAUUUGUGUAAUUGUGCAUAAGAUCAAAUUAAAUGCCACUCGUCUUUCAAACUGUAAUGGAAUUCCAAAAGGCUUUUAUGUAUAAACUCUAUUUAAAAAAUGUUAAUAAUUCAGAUAAGUUUAUAUCGGAAUUAUUUUAUUUGACAUAAUCUGUGAUUGUUUUUAUAUGUUAAUUAGAAGCAUGAUCCUACUAUCUAUAUAGUAUUAUGAUUUUGUGAGAAAUAGAUGAAUCAUUAGCAGACAACUGAAUUUGGGUGCUAAACAAUUAGGAGGCUGGAAGUGGAAGCUAAAGAAAUGUGUUAUAUGUACAGGCAGCUAAAAGCUACAAGUUGCAUUGCUUAUGGUUGAUUAUUAAAAGCCCCACUCCUGCAGUAAGUUCCAAGCACCAGUAUCCUUGGGUUUCUGCCCAGAUUCAAGUAUCUGUGACACUGUGCUCCUUGCGGGGUGAGGACCUUGCUUGAUUGCUGUGAGAUUGCCUUAAUAUUUUUAAAAGCAGAACUUACAGAAAAAACUAUUUGUUUCUAUCUAGUACAAUCUUGUGAAAUACUUUACAACCAUUUCUGGCGAGGAUGUUCUGAUCUUUUCUACAAUUUUAUUGCAUUCCUUAGUAAAUACUAAUUGUUUAGUGCUA